AUGGGCGUAACCAUCAUCGGCGCUGGCGUCAUCGGCCUCUUAUCAGCUCUAACUCUGACCGAUGCUGACCACCAAGUGACCAUCGUUGCUCGUGACUUACCUGGUGAUGAAUCCCAAGACUGGGCGAGCCCUUGGGCCGGAGCGGCAAUCUUUCCCCAUCCUGAUGCCAAGGGUCAUUCACUCCAGGUGGAAAGCUUCAAAUAUUUCUGGGCUUUAGCCCAUAGAGAUCCCACAAGUGGAGUCCAAGUGGUCAAAGCGACCGAGUUCUAUAAUGAUCGGGACGACGACUCUGCGGUUUGGUACAAGACUCUCGUACCGCAAUAUCGUCGGAUUACCACGAAAGAACUCCCCAGAGGCGUCAAACUGGGCUUUACAUUCAAGACCAUGACAGUCAACCCCACCAUUUUCCUCCCAUGGAUUCAGAAAGAACUGGAAGCCCGAGGAGUUCGUUUUAUUCGAAAGGAAAUCAAAGACCUCGAGGAAGCAAGGCGUAUCACUGGUAACGAAGUGGUCGUUCAUGCGUCGGGCCUGGGCGCUUUCGACUUAGCCGGCGACAAGGAUGUGGUUGCCGCCCGUGGACAAACCAUGUUCGUGGAAACCGACUUUGACGAGCUGAUGAUGCUCCAAGGAACCCAUUACACCUACAUUAUCCCGCGCAUGCACACGGGUGGUGCAAUUAUUGGCGGGGUGAGCCAGGAAAGAAAAUUAGACCGCGAGGUCGACGACAAAUUGCGAUCCGAUAUUCUUGCUCGGGUGAAAGAUCUCUCUAAAGAACGUCUCGACUCUGUGGAUUUGGAAAAGUCUUCGACAAAAGACAUUGUCGCAUUCCGACCUGGAAGAAAGGGUGGUUACCCGCUUGAAACCGAAGGCAAGGUGGUUCACGCAUACGGGUUUGGCAGCUUGGGGUAUGUCUAUGGAUAUGGAGCAGCUUUGAAAGUCAAAGAACUGGUGGAGUGUGUGAUUAAAAGUCGGGAUGCUUUAAGAAGCCGACUUUAA